AUUUUAAUCAUAGUAAGUGAUCAGCAUCAUUCAAUUCCUUCAGAUUACGAUCUUUCAUGACGUUCCGUUCAAUAAGACACUUAGCAAAGGAAUCGCUGGAUUGUAUCGCAUCGAUAAGGCAACACCUAUCCGAAGGUUAUACGGUAACGAAACUUUUAUGCAUCUUGCGGAUCUGUGGAGGACAUAUGGCGGUGUCAGUGGUGUUCAACUACUUUCUGGUCACAUUCUUUCAGAAGAUCAGGAUUUGUUGUUGGAGCAGAAGAAGGCUUAUUCUGAUAUCGUCUAUAACUUCCGAUUCUUGAGCCAACGUGAAUUGGCAUCACACUUUAUCCUUUACCAUUUAUCCGUUGUAUUCUUCAGUGAAACAUUUGCGAUCCACUACACUGCUUUUACCUCUGAAGGUGCAAAGUACUGUCCAUGGAUGAAGAAGGAACUACUGGCUAGAGGCGUGCAGUUCGUGCAGAGACGAAUCAACAGCCUGGAUGAAUUGGGUGAUGAAGGAUUCCCUAUCGUCGUGAACUGCGCAGGAUUGGAUGGCGGACGUCUCGCUGGUGACAAAGAAGUAUAUCCGAUUCGUGGAAUUCUUCUCAAGGUGGAAGCGCCAUGGCAAAAGCAUUUUCUCAUGCGAGACUUCGUUACAUUCACCAUACCGACGUGA